CCAACCAAAACCCACCCAAACCAGAGAUUCCAUUUUCAUCCCUCCCACUCGCACAAUCAAGAACCAAGAACCGGUCAAGUGCAGGUAGUCCUACGCCGAGGCAGCAGCGGCAGCUCAUCACCGGCGAUGGCCACGGCGGCAGCAACUUCAGGAGGCACAGGCAGUGCUGCGACGACCAGCCGUUUCGCGGCGGCGUGCGGGGCGCUGAGCCGGUACGUCAAGGCGGCGGAGAGGACGCGCGACCGGCCCGCCGCGCCCGUGCGGCCCCUCCCACUCAUGCCGGGCGCCGACGUCGGCUCGGCCCCCGACAUCGACGAGGAGACCGAGGCGGGGCCGGCGCCCGCACCGGCCGCGCAGCUGACCAUCGUCUACGGGGCGCGGGUGCUGGUUUUCAACGACGUCCCGGCGGACAAGGCAGCCGGCCUGCUGCAGCUGGCCGCGGCGCGAGGAACGACGGGGCCGAGCGGCACCAUAUGCGGCGAGCAGCUGUCGGCGGCCGACCUGCCGGUGACGAGGAAGGCGUCCCUGCAGCGGUUCAUGGAGAAGCGGAAGGGCAGGCUCGCCACGCGCGCGGAGCCGUACCGCCGGCCGGGCGCGCGCCAUGACCACCUGACACUUGCGCUGUGAAUCUUGGGACUAGACGAUGCUGUGCUCAAGCCGAACUCUGCCGCUGGAAAUUCUCUGUAGUACUAGUAGACUCUGCUUGAUUUAGACUUGAAAUCAUGGAGUAUUAGCUAGAUGUAUACCUGUGAUUCUUCUUGUCUGGUGUGUUGAAUGAAACAGAGCAAUGUAGAAUGUACAGAUACAAAACAAUGUGUACAUGGAAUACCGAAGAAAUUCAAAUAUACUGAAAUCGAGAAGUUGUUUGUCA